GCAAAACAAAAAUACCCAAACACAUACGAACCAUGUCAGACCAAACACACCCAGCACAAGAGCAAAAGAAAGGAGAUGUAGGCUUACUCGGUGGUCUCCUUUCAGGCAAGACUCCUGGCGUCCGGAACAUUGAAGCUGCAUACAGUCGAGCAGGAGCCUCCAAUCAUCAUACGCCUGGAGCAGCGACGAAGCUAGGCUCACAGGACCAAGUUGGAUCUAAUGAAGCACAAGGUGUUGGGAGCCAGAAAUUCGCAGAUGGAAUCAGUGAUCAAAGAGCAGAGCCUUCGGUUGUUGGAAAGAUGUUCAAUAACCUGAUGAAUGGUACGGAGAGGACGAAGUAA